AUGGGGGACUCCGACGACAGCAGCAAGAGGAAGAUCGCCGUCCUCGGCGUCUCGUCCUUGCUCCUCGUCGCCAUGGUGGUCGCCGUCACCGUCGGCGUCAACGAGAAAGUCGAUGAACGCGGCGGCGGUGGCACCACCGCCGAGUUGUCCACGUCAUCCAAGGAAGUGACCGCCCUCUGCCAGCCGUCCACCUACAGGGACACGUGCGAGAAGAGUCUGGCCAAGUCCGCGGAGAACACCACGGACCCCAAGAAGCUGGUCCAGGUAGGGUUCGAGCUCGCGGCGGACUCCCUCAGGGAGUCCAUAAAAAAUUCGGACACCCUGAAGGAGAUCGCUAAGGACCCAAUGGCGAAGCGCGGUCUCGAGAUCUGUGACGAGCUGCUCGAGACCGCAAUCGAGGACCUCGGGAGGUCCGUCGACGAGCUGGGCUCGUUCGACAUGACGAAAGCCUAUGUCCACCUCGACAACUUGAAAACGUGGCUCGAGGCCACGGUCACGUUCCAGGAGAACUGCAAGGACGGGUUCGUCAACACCACGGGCCCAGCCGGGGACAAGAUGAGGGAGAUCCUCAAGACGUCCGAAGAGCUCACCAGCAAUGGGCUCGCCAUGGUUGAUGGGCUGGCUAAGAUCUUCGCGUCGUUCAAGUUUGGUGGGUCCCGCAGGCUAAUGGAGGCCCAAUCCGAGUUCCCUUCGUGGGUCAGCCCGGCCCAGAGGAGGCUCUUGGCUGCCGAUCCGGCUGGCGUCCAGGCCGAUAUGGUUGUGGCCCAAGAUGGAAGCGGGCAGUACAAGACUAUAAUGCAGGCCAUCGGCGCCAUCCCGAAGCAGCACAAGAUCCCUUUCGUCAUUAGGGUGAAGGAAGGAAUUUACAAGGAGACAGUCUUGAUCCCCAAAUCUGCUGAAGGCAUUGUGAUGAUCGGCGACGGCCAAACCAAAACUCGAGUCACCGGUAACAAAAACUUCGCCGCCGGUGUCCAAACCUCUGACACUGCCACCUUCGCUGUGGUAGCACCAAGCUUCGUAGUCCGCAACAUGGGCUUCGAGAACACUGCCGGAGCGGAAGGCCACCAGGCGGUGGCCUUCCGCUCCAGGUCCGACAACUCCGUCGUCUACAAUUGCGCCUUCGACGGCUACCAGGACACACUCUACGCCCAGGCCUACCGCCAGUUCUACCGCGACUGCACCAUCACGGGAACAAUCGACUUCGUCUUCGGCACAGCCCGAACCGUACUCCAAAACUGCAAGCUCAUCGUCCGCAAGCCGCUCCCAAAUCAGGCCUGCAUCGUCACCGCCGAGGGCAAGAAGGAUCCCAGAGGCGACUCUGCCAUCGUCCUCCAGAGCUGCCACAUCUCCGCCGACCCGGCCUAUUUCCCCGUCAGGCACACCAACAAGGCAUACUUGGGCAGGCCGUGGAAAGAGUACUCGACAACAAUUGUUAUGAAUUCAAUUUUGGAUGACUUGAUUGCUCCUGAGGGUUGGUUGCCGUGGCAGGGAGAUCUCGGGUUGAAUACUCUGUUUUAUGCAGAGUUUGAGAACACUGGGCCGGGCGCGGCUCAGGGCGGUCGGGUCGCUUGGAAGGGGAUCAAGAAGUUGGAUGCGACUCAGGUUGAGAAGUUUACUCCUGGGAAGCUUUAUGUUGAAGGAGAUGCUUGGAUUAGGGUUACGAAUGUGCCCUAUGUUCCUGGGUUUAUGAAGGCGUAA